CGCUCAUGGCUCGUAUCCGUCAUCUUCAAAACACUCGAGGCAAAGAGCUAUCUGGUGUUCAAAUUACUGCCUACUUCCUUAGGAUUAGAGUGCAGCCUCUUCAGGCUCGCAAAAAUCCCCUUUGGACGUAUUCUGGUGAAAAUGACGCCAACAGAAUCUCCAGUGAUCUUUCUGUAAAGGACUUGGAAAAAUUGGUUCGAAGAAUUUCUCGAUUAGGCAAGAAGGAUCCUAUUCCCUCCUCCUGUCGAGUGGAACCAUACAGUGCUUCCAAUCCUCUUCCCGAGAAUCAUCCUACUAUGGCUUCCCUUCCUCCUCUUCCUGAGGAUGGAGAGGUCGAAGAAAGAGCCGUUGUCGAUGAUGUCAACCAGGAGACCCCCUCUUUUGUGAAUGAACCCGCAGAUUCUCGAAAAUCUGCGGGAUCUACUGAGAAGGAUGCUGCCUCUGAAGAUACAACAUCAGCACAAUCUCCUCCUCCUGCUGUUUCUCCGAAGAGCAAAAGGAAAAGGAGCAAUGCCGAAGAUUCCGGGACCUCGAAACCCGAAGAAACUGCUCCUGCACCUCGAAAAGCAGCUUAUGAUCCAUACAUCGAGAGUAUCAUCAGCUCGUAGGUUCCUUGCUCUUUUCCUUUUUUAUUUGAAGAAUUUUAUUUUGCCUUGCUUUUUAUGCUGCCACUAUUUUGUCACAGUGAUGAUG